AUGGACCAUUUGAUAGGCAGCAAUCCGAAGCGAAUGGGUUUGCUCAGCCUAUUAAUCGAUAGCACAGUGGAGCUCAUAUCGCAAGAAGACACACAGGACAAGAGAAUCGAGCAAACCCGGCGAGAGCCACUACUCAUCCUCUUCAAUGGUGCAACAGGCGCUAGGAAGACGGCCACGGUCAAGGCAAUCGCUGAACUGAACAAAAGACCACUCGUUUCAGUAGGUAGUCCGAUCGCAGGGACCAGUCACGAAAGCAUGAGAAUGAGGUUCAGUCAGAUGCUAGAGAAUGCACGCUCGUGGAGGGCAUUGGUGGCAGACGAUAAUGCUACGUUUGCACUUGCGAAGAACAAACCCCAGUCGUUUCUUAAUCAGGCACACGUUGCUACUGAUUUCGCGACGCUGCUAGAGCAUUUCCAGGGUGUGUUCCUCCUGGUAAAGAGGGAUGGACAGCAUCUUGUGCAUUCGAUCAUGCGACAGGUACGGGCGCAUCUCAAGUUUGAGGAGUUUGGCAACAAGCGAAUGGAGAAGAUAUGGCACUCGCUGCUGAAAGGAGGAGAUGUGUCGUGGAAGAUUUGCAAUUCGGCAAUUCGGGAAAUCAGUGAGUGGCAACUGAAUGGCCAUGAGAUUGAGCAUUUGUUCUAA